CCAUCUUCACUGGGGCUUUAGGCAAUGCCGCAAUGCACACCAUGGUAUCUGGCUUAUUGUGUCACGCUGCAGGUCAGUUGAAGGUUCUGAAGUAUACGUUAAUGAAUUUAGACGCAAGAGAAAAUCCGGCACCGACGAAGCAAUAUCUAGGAGAGCUCGACGGAGAUACUGGUGAUGAGUAUGAUGCUGGUGAAGCUGUAUACAGAAAAAUAAGUGAAUGUGUUCAACACUAUGACUCCAUUUUUGAAUUUGUGAACCGUGUAGAAGACACAUUCUCGUUCGUCAUUUUCAGCCAGUUUUUAGCAAGCACCAUCGUUAUAUGCAUAUCUUGCCUGCAAAUGUCGAAGGAAAGCAUGACGUCAAUAUCUUUCUUUAAUAGUACAUUAUUCUGCAUAGCAAUGUUAAACGAGAUAUUUGUUUUCUGCUAUUACGGAACUAUUCUUUUCGAAGACGUGAGUAUUUUUUAA